AUGACAGCCAUGCAGCAGAGACUUCCUGUACCCAUAAUCGAGCCUGCUGCGUUAAAGGCUCAUUUCGAAGAUGCUGUCAACAAAUUACUGCUGCCUCAAACUAGAGUGCAGGGGGAACAGCUUUUAAAGGACUUUCGCAAACUGCCUGAUCUAUACAAUACCUGCAAGUAUAUUCUAGAAACCUCGACUUUGCCUGCUGCCCAAUUCCACGCGGCCAUCGCCUUGCAAGAUGCUUUGCCACGAAUUUACAUUCAACAGACUGCAGAGGAUCGUCAUGCUUUACAGCAGUAUUUGGUUCAAUAUCUCGUUCAGCGAUGCGCAACGCAAAGACACGCUGCGCUCCAAUUACUAAUUGCGUUGCUGGAAGAAUUUUCGUCUAAAAAAGCAACGGCUUUGGGCUUGCCUUGGAACUUUCAUCACGACUGCCAGGUGUCCUUUGAGCGAUCGCAUCUUCAAGUAGUCUUUGAAUCAAUUUUAAGAUCAAUCCACAACGAGCUUCGCUCUCCACAAUUCCUAUCCACUAUCGAUGGGAAAAAAAUACUGAACCACAAUUUGUUUUGUGCCGAAAAAAUCCUUUCUUGGACAUGCAUCUCUGGAAGCCCCGCCACGUUAGCUCCAGCUUGCUCUGUUGUAAAUAGCAAUGAAGAGGAAUUCUAUGAUGCACCAAAUUUUCCUGCUACUUGGCGAACUGUAUUGCUUAGUCCCAAUGUUUUAGGUCUUUUUUUCCAGAUUGCAAUGCUAUUUGCGCGCGAGCCAUCCAUAUCGACCAAGGCACACAAGUGUGUGAUUCAGUUGGCCGGACUGCAUGGAGAUGUGCUUGCCAAUGAAGGAGAAACACUAGAAUAUGUCCACUGCUUACUGGAAAACACGACCAAGCAUUUAGAUUUUGUUUUUCAAACCAUCACAGACGAAUCGUUUGAAAAUUCAGGAGAACUUCUGUCAGAUAUGUCUCAGAUUGGCAAGCAGCUAUUGGCUCGUUUUCAAAUCAAAAUGCUGAUACGCAUUCCUUCGCUUGGUCCGUUUCUUCAAGGAUUCGGAAAACUCACCAUUGUAUGCCUUCAAAAUAUGGUCGAUGAGUUGGAUGAUAGCUGGAGUUCAGAUACUGCUGAGGAGCUACUGGCUAUGUGGUGUUCUUUUGUGCAGGAUUUAGAGGACGUGAUAGUGUCAGAAGAUAUGGCAUCAGAAGCACGACCUAAUGUUGGCUCUGCAAAAGAAAUGCUUUCUUUUAUAUCAACCAUCUGUUUUGAAAUAUUUCAUGCGUAUCUUGACGUUCGUUUGCGUCUUGCAAAGCAGACUAUUGAGGAGGAUGAGGAUGUCGAAACUCACUUUAAAGAUUUGCAUUUAUAUGGCGAUCAACUGCUCUACAUUGCAACCAUUGCACGCGUCAACAGUGCCAAGUGUCUUGUUCAACUUGGUCAAUUGCUAACCGAGCACUACGGCAAUCUUUCACAGAUUUACGUCAAUCCUCAGUCAACCUCGCAGAAGACGAUUGCAUUAUUGAAUGAACAGAUUCACUGGCUUACGCUAAUUGCAGGUCAUGUGUUGGCUGACUCUGCGGAUGGCGAAAAACCCUUAAUCCCAACACUGCUGCAGCAACUUUCGAAACAAAUUGAAAAAAUGGAAGAUGAUCCUUGUAUUGCACUGCCAACCUGCAUUUUCAACAUUCUUGAACUUGUCACUGUUGAGCCUGGAUCUGCCAAACAUGCUAUAACAAGCCCUCUGAUUGUAGAGACAUUACUUUGGUUUGUUGAACGAUGGGGUUGUACUUAUCUUUUUGUUGAUCCUUCAAACUAUUCCGAUUUGAGCCCAAGUUUUGUAAAUGCAUUCGGAAAGAUGGGAGGUGCUCCUCAAGCAACCGAGUUUCUGUUGGAUAAAGUCCAACGGAAUUUUGUUGUGUGGCAUUCCGAUGUGGAUGUUGUUGGUCAGAUUUUAUCUGUAAUUGAAGGUCUAUCUGGCAAUAAGGAUGCUAGAAAUAUGUUUUUGACUAGUGCUACAUUCAAUAGUCUAGUCCAGUAUUUUUUGGCAAAUCUAAGUCGUUUACCAGCCACGCUUCAUAGUAAUCUAAUACAAACCAUCGCUUACAUUUACACCCACGCUACUGGUGUUGAGCGUACUGCUCACUUUACUAAUUUGAUCACUGCAAUUGAGAACAUGCUUGUCAGGACAGUUCAUCGUCCCGACUUUUCAACUGUGUAUCAAUUGUCUGAAAUUCAAGAACAGGUUGUUAAUGUGAUGGAGAUGUAUGGCGGACUUGCGCUUGCUGCGGACGAAACCAAUAUGGUUGUAAUUUUUGAAGCAUGUGCAAGACAGUUUCCUGUUUUUGUAAAACUGCUGGAUCUAUAUCAUAAUUACCCAGACGUUGAAUUUUAUAUCCUGCAAUUCUUUCGCGACCUUGUUAAAUACCAGGCAUUGGACGCACUACAGCAACAUCACUAUGAUGUACUGUAUAAAAAUGUGUGGGAUUUGAUCGAGGUCUACGCAAAGAAUGAAGUGGGUCGUAAGCGUGGGCCUAAUAAUGUAGACUCGGAACUCAAUGUUGAUUUGUCCAUAUUGCUAGAGAUGCUGACUGGCCUUAUCACUUCUGAAUAUGAAGGACUGGAUCGUGCAGAUGUGGUGCAUCGGCUGCGAAAGUCGACCAAUGCCACUGCUGUGGAUGUUGUACAAGUCGUCUUUUUUGGAGUCAAUGCCCUGAUUCCGCUUAUCACUAAAGAGAUGCUGAGCAUGCUAAUUGAUACCAUGCCUGACCUGGUUAUACUUUUUCAACCUAUACAUCAACUGCAGUAUCCCCAACUUUGUAAAGGGUAUAUUGGCAUUGUGACAUAUAUAGUAGAAUAUUUUCCUGAUAGAUUGAUGCAGCUAUCGGACAAUUUGAUAUCGUGUCUUUUCAAAUCACUGGUCUAUGGUUUGAACCAGCAUAUUACUUCACUCAGCAUUGGUUCACUUCGCGCAAUGGAAUCCAUUGCUUUGUAUUUGUGGUCAGAACAAGUUUCUAAAGCCAUGUCCAAUUCUACCGGCGGCAUUUCUAUCCAGUAUGAAAGUCCACAGAGCGCUCAUAUUGAUGCUUUACUCCACGAAACACUCACAUGCAUGUUAUUCAAGACAUUUGACUCUUCACUCAUCAACUCUGCUGCUGAUGCCGUGUCUUCUCUUGUUUCUAUUCGUCGCCAAUCAUUUCAAGCUAUUGCUGGACAGAUUAUUCAAAGCCAACCCCAUGCCUUUUCACAACAGCUUACAGAGGCGUUUUCGUCGCUGUCUGCUAUGCUGGAUACACAUGAAACGCAUCAGCGAUCACUUUUGCUUGCCGGAAAAUUAAAAAUUGGGCAAGGGUGUGGAAGUAUGUACUACGAUCCACGAGAUAAUGUUGGCACACCUGAACAACGAGCAAUGAGGGAGAUGUUUGGCAGGUUUUUGAUAAAUGUGCGAGGUUUGCUACAGAUGAUGAAAUUUACAGCUGAAGACGAAGAUGAGAAUGGGAAAAACAAUUAUUUAUUAUUCUCUCGAGUAAACCACAAAUGUCUUGCAACUGGCAGUAUUCUAAAAACAAUAUCUGUCUAUACGUCCAAUUAUGCGAUUGGCUUAGGUCAGUGA